AUGGUCGGACUCAGCGCUUCAAUCUGGGCAGUCCCAGCGCCCAAGCAGCCCUCACCUGUCGCCCCCGCCGCCCUCCCAGCGCCUCCGCCAGCCCCCAAGGAGGAGGGCCUCUCCUUGCUCGGUCAUCCCGACCUCACCUCUGAGACUCAUGCCAUAGCCGGGGAUGCCGAGAAGGAGAUGGCAAGCGCAAAGAAGUGGUCUGGCUUUGCUGGCGUCCCCUCCCCGGCCUUCAACGAGGAGGGCCUUCCCCUGCUCUAUCGUCCCGGCCUCACCUCUGAUGCGCGUGCCACAGCCGAUACCAUGACGAAGGCGAAGUCAAGCGCGGCUAGAAAGGCUCGCCCUCGCCGCAAGGUCUCCUCCCCGGCCGUCAAUACCAUGUCUUCUCCCGCAAUCCCACGCCCUACCGUGCCGCCAGGAGAUCUCACCAAGGUCCAGUCUCUCGUGCAACAGGAGAUAAAGCUGCUGGUUCAGAAGGAGACCAUCAAGGCCAAACUGGAGGAAGUCUCUCAGCAGAUCAAUCGGGUCCGCCAGAUGAGGUCUGCGGAGGUCGACAAGAUGACUGGCAACGUUAGGCGCGAGGCUCUCAAGAUGUGCGAGCUCGUCAAGGCACACGAGGACUAG